GAGAUGAGCUCCAAACAAUAACUUUCUUUUUGUUUACCAGGGAGGUGAAUGUGACACAUGACAGCGGAACAUGCACCGAUUUGACGUCUGAUAUUUACGAUGUUUUUUUAAUCAGUAGAUCCCCGCCCCUCAAACGUCACACAACAGAAAUUUAUGAAAGCAACAGGUCAGGUGAAAAUAUUCUCUCAGUUUAUUUACUACAGGGCUGGCAGCAUCUAUUUGUGGUGUUCAACGCCACGCGUCAACAUCGCUGUGCUGUUGCGCGUCUAAUGAUUUUAAUGACGCGUAGGUUUUUUUUUUUUUUAGAAAGCAUCGCAUUCUCUGUGGAGCUAACUACUGAAAGGUUUCCACUUUCCGGACAGCGCGUGAAGGCACCGGCAGGAUCAUCUGUUGGACAGGGAAACUCACCAGGAGCCAAGUGAAGAGUUUUCAGUGUCGCUAGCUCUCAGGCUAGCAGCGUUCAACUCAGCCGUCCGCUCAGCUCCGGCACACAGACCCGCUGGAAACAUUUAUAAAGUAUAGAGUCGUGUCCGUGCGACUAACAUCAUGCGAGCCAUGUUUUAGAAACUGUUGUUUUUGUUGCGCCUAAAGUGAGAAGGCGGACAGGACAGCCGCUGGCCAGCUGAAGCUCGCGGCUAGCUCGUCAACGUUAGCCGGGGGAGAGAGGAGCGGAGGCGAGUGAAAAUGGAGCUGGACGACGUGGUCCUCUACCAGGACGACUCGGGCAACUCUGCCAUGAUGUCCGAGCGGGUCUCCGGCUUGGCCAGCUCCAUCUACCGCGAGUUCGAGCGCCUCAUCGAGAGGUACGGCGAGGACGUGGUGAAGGAGCUGAUGCCGCUGGUCGUCGCCGUGCUGGAGAACUUGGACUCGGUGUUCGCUGUCAACCAGGAGCACGAAGUGGAGCUGGAGCUGCUGAAGGAGGACAACGAGCAGCUGGUCACCCAGUACGAGCGAGAGAAGGCUCUGAGGAAACACGCCGAGGAGAGGUACAUCACCCUCGAAGAUUCUCAGGACGGUGAGAAGAAAGACCUCCAGCGUCAACUGGUGACAUUGGAGUCUCACACACGUCAACUCGAGCUAAAGGCUAAAAAUUAUGCAGAACACAUUAGCAGACUCGAUGAGAGAGAAGCAGAGAUCAAAAAGGAAUAUAACACCCUUCAUCAGAGACACACUGAGAUGAUCCACAGCUACAUGGAGCACCUGGAGCGGACGAAACACCAGCAUGCUGUGACACCAGCAGAGCCCACAGAUACAGGCACAGUCACAUCAACCAGGUCACGGAAGGAGCGUCCAAUCUCCAUGGGCCUAUUCCAACUUCCUGGGACUGAAGGUAUGACCCCUGACCCCCAGAGGGUACCUGUGGACACCCCGUCUGACCCGUGGAGAUUCAACAACCUCAGCCACCCACGGUCUAACACUAGCCUAAAGUUCUCCUCAAUCAGAAUGGAAGGUGAAAGCACGCAGAAGAAAUCGUCCAAUGAGGAGGCUGAUCAUGACCAGGAUGAAAUGACCAGUGUGAAUCGCAGAGGCUCCAAAACCAGUUCUCCAAACAACCAAUCAAAUGUUUCCAAAAGUGGAGCUCCAGUUUCUUCUCAAGCUGGAGAAUCUUCUCAGGACGGUACCUCUAUAUCAAAUACCCCCACAUCCUCAUGCACACUAUCUCCUCAUGAUGGCGCGUCCACCGGCACAAGUUCCAUGUCCAGUCACAUGGGUGGAUCAGCUUCUGCUACACCUCUGUCUACCACUGCUUCAGAUGUGGCCAUGGAGUCUGUGGACACUCCUCUGCAGGAACAGGAGGCUUCAGACGGGCUCAACAGGAACCUGGACAGGAGCAGCGGAAAGCCGGAGAGUAAUAAGAACAUCGCAGCGGUGCAGGAAAAGCAGCAGGGUCAGAGUGGACAUGACGGUCAGGAGUCUGCUUCUUCUUCUCUCGAAGACGGAGCAGACAACCUGGAGAAGUCUGAGGUGCAGGCUAUCAUAGAAUCCACUCCUGAACUGGACAUGGAUCUUGAUGGCUGCAUAGGAACAAGCACACCAGUUAAAGGCGGCAUAGAGAAUCUAGCAUUCGACCGGAACACUGACUCUCUGUUUGAGGAGCUGUCGUCGGCAGGAAACGACCUGAUAGGAGACAUGGACGAAGGCGCGGACCUGCUGGGUAUGGGUCGGGAAGUUGAACAUCUUAUCCAUGAGAACACCCAGCUGCUGGAGACCAAAAACGCUUUGAAUGUGGUGAAAAAUGACCUCAUCGCUCGCCUGGAUGAACUGUCCUGUGAGAAGGAGGUUCUUCGGGGAGAGCUGGAUGCUGUCACUCAGGCCAAAUCUGUACUUGAGGAGAAGAACAAAGAAUUAGAGGAAGAACUGAAGAAGUUUCGAGCAGAGAUGGAGGAUGCCAAACAGAAAGUCAAGAUUGAAAAUGAGGAUGAUAGUGAUGUGCCUACAGCGCAGAGGAAGCGCUUCACCAGGGUGGAGAUGGCCAGGGUCCUGAUGGAGAGGAACCAGUACAAGGAGAGACUGAUGGAGCUGCAGGAGGCAGUCAGAUGGACAGAGAUGAUCAGGGCGUCGAAGGAGAAUCCAGCUCUUCCAGAGAAGAAGAAAUCCAGCCUCUGGCAGUUUUUCAGCCGUUUGUUCAGCUCGUCGGGCGGAGCAGCCAAGAAGCCGGCGACGGAUGCGGCAGUGAACGUCAAGUACAACGCGCCCACCUCUCAGAUUCAGCCAUCCGUCAAGAAGAGGAGCACCACCCUGCAGCAGCUGCCAAGUGACAAGAGCAAAGCUUUUGAUUUUCUCAAUGAGGAAGUGGCAGCUGAUAACGUGGUGUCCAGGCGAGAGCAGAAGAGAGCGCAGUACCAGCAGGUCAAAGCUCACGUCCAGAAGGAGGACGGCAGAGUGCAGGCGUAUGGCUGGAGCCUGCCCAAGAAGUCCAAAGCAAAUGGAGGUCAGGCAGAGAGUAAGAUGAAGAAUCUGCCUGUUCCUGUCUUCCUCAGACCACUGGAUGAGAAGGAUGCUUCUAUGAAGCUGUGGUGUGCUGCCGGUGUGAAUCUCUCCGGAGGUAAAACCAGAGACGGAGGUUCGAUUGUAGGAGCCAGUGUGUUCUACAGUGAUGUGCCUGGACCUGAGAGUCCCAAAAAGAAGAAUGGGUCUCAGAGCAGCCUGGACAAACUGGAUCAAGACCUCAAAGAGCAGCAGAUGGAGUUUCGGCAGCAAGAGGAGUUAUCAUCACUGGUGUGGAUCUGUACCAGCACCCAGUCUACCACUAAAGCUGUUGUCAUUGAUGCUAACCAACCUGGAAACAUACUGGAGAGCUUCUUUGUUUGUGACUCCCAUGUCCUAUGCAUCGCCAGCGUUCCAGGUGCAAGAGAGACUGACUACCCAGCUGGUGAGGAAGUACCUCCAAACUCUGAGGCAGGACCAGUGGGAGAUGGCAGCUCAUUAGCAACCAACAGCAGCUCUGCAGGUGAAGACGGCGUGCUCGGAGGCAUCACUGUCGUGGGCUGUGUGGCUGAAGGAUCAGCCGCUAUUCCUCAGACAGCAGAUAGCCCUGGAAAAGAUGGAGAAACUGAAUCCAGAACAGCAGAAGAAGCCACCGAGGCGACCGAGGCCAGCGCAGGGCACGCUGACCACAGAGAAACCCUGAGGGGUGUCUACACCGAGCACAUCUUCACCGAUCCACUGGGAGCUAAGCCCACAGCAGAGGCUCCAGCCAACUACACUCAGAGGGAGAGUGAUCUGUUGAAAGAUGGUGUAAGUUCAAACCCCACAGCAGAGGAGCAGGACCUGAUGAGAGAGGAGGCUCAAAAGAUGAGUAGCGUCCUGCCCACCAUGUGGCUGGGGGCACAAAAUGGAUGUGUGUACGUUCACUCCUCUGUGGCCCAGUGGAAGAAGUGUCUCCAUUCCAUAAAGCUGAAGGACUCUGUGCUCGGCAUAGUACAUGUGAAAGGACGUGUACUGGUCGGCCUCUCCGAUGGCACUCUAGCCAUAUUCCACAGAGGAGUGGAUGGACAGUGGGACCUGACAAACUACCACCUGAUUGACUUGGGGAGACCGCACCACUCCAUCCGCUGUAUGACUAUUGUACAUGACAAGGUGUGGUGUGGCUACAGGAACAAGAUUUACGUGGUGCAGCCCAAAGCCAUGAAGAUCGAGAAGUCAUUUGACGCCCACCCUCGUGCGGACAGUCAGGUGCGCCAGCUGGCCUGGGACGGUGAUGGGAUCUGGGUGUCCAUCAGGCUGGACUCCACGCUCAGGCUGUUCCACGCUCACACCUACCAACACCUCCAGGAUGUCGACAUUGAGCCCUACGUCAGCAAGAUGCUGGGUACAGGGAAACUUGGCUUCUCAUUCGUGCGGAUCACAGCUCUCACGGUGUCAUGUAAUCGUCUGUGGAUCGGCACUGGAAACGGAGUCAUCAUCUCCAUCCCUCUAACGGACUCAGCCACCAAGGCAACAAAGGCAGCAGGUAACCAACCAGGAAGUGUAGUCCGUGUCUAUGGCGACGACAGCGGCGACAAAGUGACAGCAGGGACAUUCGUUCCAUACUGCUCCAUGGCUCAUGCUCAGCUCUGUUUCCAUGGUCACCGGGAUGCUGUCAAGUUCUUCACUGCUGUCCCAGGUCACGCAGUUCCAUCUGCGUCCUGUGGAGGAGAAGCAGGAGGUGACAGGGCAGCAGAUGCCUCAUCUCAGGAAGGAACCAAGUCUAUGUUGGUGAUGAGUGGAGGAGAAGGUUACAUAGACUUUAGAAUGGGUGACGAGGAGGGCGAGGCAGAGGAAGGAGAGGAUGCCCCGAUGAAACUGCAGCCCUUCCUGGCCAAAGCCGAGCGCAGCCACCUUAUCGUGUGGCAGGUCCUUGGAAACGAGGACUGAAGACUGACCUUUGACCCCUGAUGCCCAAUUUGCCUUUUUCUUCUCAAACCUGCAGCAGCGGAGGAGGAGUUCAGGGGAGCGACUGCCCUCUGCAGCCGCAGGUUUAAUCAGCACUUUUUUCCUCCUCCUCCUCAAACCUGAACAAUAAGCGUGAAACAAGCAAAAACUGCUCUGAGAGCUUUUUCUCUUUGGUAAACUGGAGUGGAGCAGUUCAAACACAAACUGCAUGGUAUUGUUUUAUUAUUACUUGUUUUCUGUUUUGUUUUAAGCAGUUGAAUAUCAAUCUGUUUGUCUUUUAAUAUAAUUUGAGGUAAAGCUGUUGACUACACAACCAAUACUUUGCUUUUGUUACAUUUGAUCAGCAAAUACACCCAGGUUCCCUCCACUCAGUCCAGUUACUGUGUGCUGAUGCUCAAUCAGUUGUUGAAAACAAAAGAUAAUCACCCGUAAGUUCCCUUGUUUUCUAUCAUCACAAUCUGUGCAUUAAUGAAAAAUGCCCUCGCAGUGCUAAAGAAAAAUCUUUAAAUGCUAAACAUUGUAAACAUCCCCACUAAACACUGACACGCCAGAUUUGUCAUCGUGAGCAUGCUGGCAGCUUCACACAGGCGGUAGCUGUUGACUCAGUCUUACCCAGACAUCACUAGGUUUUUAUUUUCCACAAAAUCUGAUGCUCUGUGUCUUGAAUGAAAUGAUCAUACAUGAGAAGCACCCACUGGUGUUAUAGGAUCAGUAGCAGUUAGCUUUUUAAUCAUCAAAACUCCAGCUGCUGUAAACCAUGACAUACUCAAUCCCCCCUUCAUAUAGGAUACUAUUUAAUUCAAUAUUAAACACGAGGAUGCUAUCAACCCUCUGCUGCUCGUCUACCCGUCAGCUCCAGCUAGUAGACUCUUUAAAAUCUGCCUUAGGUGUCGAGGUUUGAAAGCACUGAGAUUACAGGCUACUUCAGGUGUGACAGAGUAUUUAUUUUUCUUGAAAGAAUGUCACGUUUGCUACCAAAGGUUAAAGAACCAGAGAUCGACAGUUUGCUGAAACAAUAACUGUGUCGCUUCUAACACAGCCCUUCUCUGCAGUGUCCCUGUAGAUAACACGAGAGAUUGUUUUGUAACUGAAAUCCCAGCGUAGAGAUGAGAUAUAUUUUUAGACUUUCUUAUUUGAAAAUUGAAAUAUUUUGCGGUUGCGAGAGAAGAGAAUGUGUUGGACCUGUUACUAUAAGAGGAUAAAACAAGCCGUCACACCGAGCGUUACACAACCUCCCCUCUAAUCCUCAUCUCGGCAUUUUAGAGGUCAAAUCUUUUUUGUUUUUGUAGCGACGCUCUGCCCCUCCUUGUUGAUGACAAUGUUUAUUUUACUUUCUCAGUGAUAUCCCCUCCUAAUAGAAAACUGAUGAUUUCAGAAAAUGUUUUAAUCCUAUUUUUACGUUUGAUUUAUUUUUUUUUUUGUAUCUUUAAGACUGUCCUCUCUGAGAGUACAGUGCACAAGCUGUUUGUUUGAGACUGUUUUCUGGCCUCUGUUUACCAGUACACUGCACUGGUAUGUUGUGUUGUUUUGUCCUCUUUGUAUUGAACAGUAUCAAAGAGGCUUGUCCUCAUCGUUUGUGAGUGUGUGUGUGUGUGUGUGUGUGUGCGUGUACAUGUACGUGUGUGUGUGCGUGUGUGUCUGUCUUCUCUCCAGGAGAGGAGAGAAAUAUUAUGUUUAGCCAUUUCAGUAUUUAUUUACAAUGAUUGAGCCUUUGCAAUUCAGAAUGUAUCUUUGUACAUUGAAUAUGAAUAUAUAUAUAUAUGAUUAUAUAUGUAUGAACCAUGAAAAUGGCUUGAGUUUAUUGUUUUGACAACAGUUGUCGCUGCUGUUGGAAUGAUGAGUUUGUUUUGUAGGGGGUAACUUUCUCAGCUAUGCACUAUGUCUCUGAGAAGAGAGGACGAGGAGUGGGUCGGGGGUCGCUUUGUGCCUGUUUUUCAAAGUAGAGACUCUGCAGCCUGUCCACACUGACACAAUCAGUUUCAUUGUCUCCGAUGCAGGACAAACAAACCAAACUGAACUUCAGGCAAUGAAAAGGAAACGCCCCCCCAUCACAACAUGCAGGGGUCGUCCCUCUCACCCGCUCAUGCUCGCCUGUGACUCGGCAGUUGCUCCCCCUGUCCUUCGUCGGCAGUACAAACACCAUCUUGUACAUCUGCAGCAUUUCUAGCCUUACUUAUUUUUAACAUUUAAUUAAAGCAAAUUUUGUGGGCUAAUUUUUUGUGUUCUUGUUAAAUUUGUGAUGCAGAAACAUGUAG